CACCAAUGUGAAUCUGACCUCUGUUUCCUCUCACCUGAGGCUUCUUCGAACCACAAAAGCUCUGACCUGUUAACGGUUUCUUGCAAGUCUUGUUGCGGAUACUGGAAUGCAAUACCCGCGUGAAAAUACGGCCAGGAUGAUAUCGUCUGUAUGGAGUGACUUGACCUCCAGAACAGGAUGUAGCGGGCAUGUAUCGUCAGGUGCGCGGUCAGCUGCUGGGCCUCCCCGUAUUUCUCCUAUUCCUACGCCCCUUCGGCACUCCUCUUCCCCACAGAUCUGCACGCCGUCUGCAUCGGGCUCAUUCCCUUCGGAUGCUGUCGGUGUGAACCGGCUAUGAGAAGAGCGCGUGCUGCGGCUCCCGCCUAUAUACAGUAAACCGCGAGCGUUGUGUCCGCCCAUUCCAGUCCCUGCGAGGACGGUUAGCUUUCGACUGUAU